AUGAAAUCGGGCUUCAUUCUGAAAGCCAGCGGCACCCUGGGCGGAAGGACAGAUGCCGGCGGCCUCUCCGGAGGGGCCUCACGACAACACAGGAACUUUGCCGUCCGCCCAGCGCUGAGAGCAGGUUCUCUGGACCCUGGGCCUGGCCUGGAGGACUUCCCUGUGCAAGGCUGGAUCUGCGUGAACCAAUGGGAGACCGGGGCCACGUCGAAUUGCAUCAGCUGUGUUGGGGAGAAGAUUCUGGAAGGGUUUAGGUUUGGGGAGUGGGGCAACAAGGACACUCAGAAAAGCAUGAAGAGGGUCUUUCCCACCUUCAGUCUCUUCGCCCCUCAAAACAGAGCUGUGCCCUCUCUGGAGCCCAGGGAGGUGACCCCUCUGAGGGCGCAGAUGAGGCCUGACGACAGGGCACAACAGUCCUGCAGCCAGGAUCCUCCAACCCACAGCACUGCUCGCGCACAGGCCGCUCACCGCUCACCUCCCGGGAGCUGGGAGGAAGGGACCCCAGCCUGGGAACGGGCCCUGGAUGCCAAGAUGUCCGUUUCCCUGGCCAGCGUGGUGGCAGUUGGAUGGGUGCUCAUGUUCAAGGACUUUGCCAUGAAGACCCCACCAUCUCCUCCGUUGCCCCAGAGGAUGUGCAUGGGGUCUUCUCCGGGGCCCCCGACCAGCCAGGUGUACGUGUUCGGCCGAGGCGGCGCGGACGCGGGGGCUCCUCGGAGGACGAGUCCCCCAGGUGGCUCUGCGGCCGCGGCGCCCGGAGAAGGCUGCCCAGCGCCCUGCGCCGCCCGGAGCGGGGAGCAUCGUGCUGCUGCAGCGGGAGCUGGCCCGGGACGACAGCCUCAACCGGCUCGCCCUGCAGUACGGCUGCCAACGCUCAGAGUGAUUGACAGUGGCCAAGUUGCAGACAUCAAGCAAGCCAACAACUUCAUCAGAGAGCAAGACUUGUUCGCUUUGAAAUCUGUUAAGAUUCCCGUGAGAAACCACGGGAUCCUCACCGAGACCCACCGAGAGCUCAGACCCCUCCCGGGCCCGUCCUCAGAGACCAGAGUGACGGUGGAGGAGCCGCCGGCCCCGGACAGCGCCGCCCCGCCCAGCCCGCUGACGGCGUUCUUCCAGGGCAUCGACCGCAACAUCGAGCGCGCGGCGCAGUCGGAAAUCCUCACCAGCGAGAGUCCCCACGCGGGGCCCGGCCAGCCGCGCCUGCCCGCUGCUCCCAAGGCGCCGCCGCUCGGCGCCGACUGCGGGAUCCGGUGGUGGAACGCCGUCUGCCUCAUGCUCCUCGUCGGCGUCGUCCUGCCCGUGUUCUAUCUGGUCUAUUUCAAGAUCCGCGCCGCGGGCGACGUUCCUGGUGGCUGGGACACGACCGCUGUCCCCAGGGGCUCGGUGGCGGCGAGUGCGGCUCCAGGGCAGACCCCCAGGCUGGCGGCUCCGGUGCCCAGCACCCGCUCUCCGGGCAGCCGGCUCCGGCAGACCUGGGCGGGGAGCUAGCUGCGGUGUCUCAGGAAGCGGCCCGCGCGGCCGGCUGUGCAUCGGGCUCCCGAUCCCCACCGGCCGGCAGGGCCACACCCAGCGGGCGGCCCACGGACUCGCUUUGGAAGCCUCCCACGUUCUCGGCUAACACCCACCUCCUAGCCAAGGCCGCGAGCCGCCCCCCGGGCCUCCUGCACCCAGGAAGCGGGGGCAGGGACAUUGCAGGGACGUGCCCUUGGUUUUGAAGGCAUCGGGUGGCUGGCCCUGCGUGUCUCGCAGCAGCCCCUGCGCACCCCGGGCGCCAGGUGCAGGGACAGGCGGCCUGCGCUGCUCCCUGACUCCAUCCUCAGGGUCCCAGAGCCGCAGGAGGGACAGCGCCCAGUGUUUCCUCUGGGUGACCAGCACCCCCAUACAUGGACAGGAGGGCCCGUGUGCUGAAAGACCCACUUACUCGAGGGCGCAGGGGUGCCCCUCCUGCGAAAGCCAUAGAGAGGGCGAUGCUGGCUGCCUGCGGUGCCCUCUCCAUCUGUUCAUUCUACAGUGGUGCCCAGUGCGUGGCUCAAGGGGGCAUGGGGCGCCCUCUGAGGCCCUGCGGGGGGC